AUGCAACAUAUUUACAACGGCUAUUUAUCAAACUAUCUUUGUGGAGCAAGUACUUCGUCCAACUCAAUAUUACCAUCGUUUUCUGCUUCCAGUAGAACAGCUAAUACAAGUAGCUCUCUGAACAUAUCCCUCAGUAACGAUCUGAAUCCGUAUUUGCAACAAACCUUGAAUAAACUUCCGGUAGCUUUGAACUCAAAUAUUCCGUAUUUCCAACAUUCGAUGAUAGCUUUCGCAAACCGAAUUCCUUAUCAAACCAUUCCCGAGGCUCAAACUAACAACUCAAAUCCGACAGAGUCAUCUGACUCUAUAGGCUCUGAUUUUAGGUUAGAUCAGAACAAAUCUAAUGACGAAGAGUUUAAUUGUUCUGGACCGAACGGUAGUUUGCCUGAGGAGCAAUCGAAUCCUACAGAUUCUACAGAAUUACCUAGUUCUGGCACAUCCACCAUCUUUUCCUCUAUGUCUGAUGCAUACUCUGCUUCCCAGACUAACCCAUCGCCGAUCCGAACUGCCGAUGAGAAACAUACAACAGGUGUUGUUAAGACAACUGUAUCCGAUAGUUCCGUUCAGAAGCCUCUCCACACAAAAAAAGAAAAGGCCAUAAAGGCGAUCAAACACAAGCUUGGUAGCAGCAACCAUGGGGGAGGAGGGGUCAGUGGUAGUUGUGUUAGUGGAGGAGUUAGUGCACAAGACCUCGAUAAGGCAAUGAGCCUUACAAACAAUGGUUUCCGCAAUAUGUCCCUCAAAGGAAUAUACUACGACCGAAGGAAUCAUGGUUGGCAAGUACGUAUUCGUAAGAGACAGACUGAAAUAUCUAGGUAUUUCUCUGCAAAGAGGUAUGGAGUUGAGAAAUCGUAUGAAAUGGCUCUUAGGUUUUACCAAGUCAAUAUCAUCGGGAACUUAGGCAAUGAGUUGAAAUCAGCCAAAAGUUCUGAAACUUCCCAUACUUUAGAUGGAAACUCCGAUAUCCAAGCACCUACAGUGCUUUCAAAGGAUGACCAACAGGGGUUUCAUGAACAACAGACAUCUGGACAAAAGAAUUUUGAAAGUAAUAUUGCCAACAAUAGUUUUUUUGCCACAAAUGGAGGCAAUACUGUAGAAAAUAGCAAUAGCCAAACUAAUAGCAUUCGCAGUAACUCCAUCGAUGGAUCAUUCAAAUCACUCAAUACUGACUCCACUUCCCUGAAUGGAAAUUUAAAUUGUUUCUUUCCAUAUUCUGCUCAAGGAGAUUUAGAAGUCAACAAUCAAUUGCUUUCACAUUACAUAACUAACAACAUUCUUAAUAACAUUCUUGUAAAUCAAAUCAUUGCAAACAAUUUAUUUGCUAACACUAUGAUAAAUGUGAGGAAUGCGGUUAACUUACAUGGGACAGGGCAUCCAAUCCACUGUUUUUCUAAGAUAAUAGCCCCUCAAACGUCAGCUCAACAAUAUGGAUCAAGUUUAACCACUUGCGUAAACUCUCCAAAUAUUGUUCCUUCUACUCCGAUAGUUAAUCCGAGUAUAGGAACAGUUUCAUACGACUCACAGCUAAUGCUUAAAGAUAUCAUAAGUAAUGCACUUUCUGAUUCCGAAACCCUAUGGAAGGGCGUUUACUACGACAAUCGCAAUAAUGGCUGGACAUUCUGUCUUGAUGGAUAUCCGGAGAAGUUUUUUGGCUCAAUUGAAUUUGGGGAGGUUGAAUCUUUGGUGUUAGCUUUCACAUGUAAAAUAAAUGCCUUAAAACUCAACUGUGAUGUUUCUCAAAUACGUUCGAUCGUUUCGAACAAUAUGACUGAUCUUCAAAAGAUAAUGGGAAUAAGCAAUGAGGCUUCUCAGAAUUCGCCAUUAAGCGAUGAUGAAUCCCACAUUGAUAAAGAAGAUCACAACAAAAAAGCAGUAAAGAGUUUUAAAGAUUUAACUUUACAUGAAAAAAUGGAUAAUUGUAGUUUAAAUGAACUAACUGAAUUUAUUUCCAUUUCUCAGCAAAUCAAGCAGGUCAUUAAUAACAGUAUUCUAAAGUCUGGUCAUCAAACUCUAACAAGCAUAAACUUCAGUGGGGGGAUCCCUAUGGGACAUUCAGCAUCUUUGGAUAUUUUAAAACAAAAUUUUAAUGUUAGGCAGCCUAUCUUAAGUAACUUUAGUGAUAACUCAAUUUUUUUUCAAAAUGUUAACAAUAAUCAAUCUUUACUACAUGGUCAAUGUUUAUUAAAUAAUCAAAACCAAUUUGGGAUGUAA